GAGGCAGCACUGCUCCUUCCCUCGCACCCCCGGCGCCUCCCGCUCCGCUCCAUGCAGCAGCGGGGCCAGCACGCCCGGGACUGCCCCGCUCCCCGCACCCGUCCGGAGGGUGAUGACGCUCCAGUAGGUUUUCCAGCCCUCGCUUUGCUUUCCCUCCAGGGAAGGUCGUUCCGCACACGAUCCCGCUGAGGAAAGACACUCCGAUGGACUUACACCGGGCCGCCUUCAAGAUGGAGAACUCACCCUACCUCCCCAACCCGCUGGCCUCCCCGGCGCUGAUGGUCCUCGCCUCCACCGCCGAAGCCAGCCGCGACGCCUCCAUCCCGUGCCAACAGCCGAGGCCUUUCGGGGUCCCAGUCUCAGCAGACAAGGACGUGCACAUCCCCUUUACCAAUGGCUCCUACACCUUCGCCUCCAUGUACCACCGGCAAGGCGGUGUGCCGGGCGCCUUCGCCAACCGUGACUUUCCUCCCUCUUUGCUUCACCUCCACCCCCAGUUUGCACCCCCCAACCUGGACUGUACCCCGAUCAGCAUGCUGAAUCACAGCGGGGUCGGGGCCUUCCGCCCCUUCGCCUCCAGUGAGGACCGGGAGAGCUACCAGUCGGCCUUCACGCCGGCCAAGCGCCUGAAGAACUGCCAUGACACCGACUCGCCCCACCUGCGCUUCUCGGAUGCCGACGGGAAGGAGUACGAGUUUGGCACCCAGCUCCCCUCCAGCUCCCCUGGCUCGCUCAAAGUUGACGAGACGGGGAAGAAGAUCUUUGCGGUGUCGGGCCUCAUUUCAGACCGGGAGACAUCGUCCAGUCCUGAAGAUCGAAGUGACAGAUAUAGAAGCGACAGCCAAAGAGGGCCCCAGGCGUCUGCAACUGCCACUCAUCGUAUGAUUUUAACUCUCCCCCUCUGCAAAAAGAAAGCGACAUUGUUUGACAGCCAGGCUCCCAUCUGCCCCAUCUGCCAGGUUCUCCUACGCCCUGGAGAGCUGCAGGAGCACAUGGAGCAGGAGCUGGAGAAGCUCACCCAGCUGAACAUCAGUAAGAACUCCAUCCUGAAGGAUGCUAUGGCUGCAGGCACCCCCAAGUCAAUUUUGUUGUCGGCUUCAAUCAAGCGGGAAGGAGAUUCUCCAACAGCAUCACCCCACUCCUCGGAUGACAUCCAUCACUCAGACAGAUACCAGACCUUCCUGCGGGUGCGAGCGAACCGGCAGACCCGGCUGAACGCUCGGAUUGGAAAAAUGAAACGGAGGAAGCAAGACGAAGGGCAGGUAUGUCCCCUCUGCAACCGACCUCUGUCAGGAUCCGAGGAGGAGAUGAGUAGGCAUGUGGAACAAUGCCUUGCAAAGAGAGAAGGUUCGUGCAUGACCGAGGAUGACUCUGUAGACAUCGAGAACGAGAACGGCAACCGCUUUGAAGAAUACGAAUGGUGUGGGCAGAAGAGGAUACGGGCCACUACUCUCCUGGAGGGAGGAUUUCGAGGUUCUGGGUUCAUCAUGUGCAGCGGCAAAGAGAAUCCAGACAGCGACGCAGACCUGGAUGUGGAUGGGGACGACACACUCGAAUACGGGAAACCACAGUACACAGAGGCAGACGUUAUCCCUUGCACUGGAGAAGAGCCAGGUGAAGCCAAAGAGAGGGAGGCGCUCCGAGGUGCUGUUUUAAAUGGUGGCACACCCAGUACUCGAAUAACGCCGGAGUUUUCUAAAUGGGCCAGCGAUGAAAUGCCCUCAACGAGUAAUGGUGAAAGCAGUAAACAGGAAACCAUGCAGAAGACCUGUAAGAACAGUGACAUUGAAAAAAUUACAGAAGACUCUGCAGUGACAACAUUUGAAGCACUAAAGGCUCGUGUCCGUGAGUUAGAAAGGCAGCUUUCCCGUGGGGACCGCUAUAAAUGUCUCAUUUGCAUGGACUCCUACACAAUGCCCCUGACUUCCAUUCAGUGCUGGCAUGUGCACUGUGAAGAAUGCUGGCUGCGGACUCUGGGAGCCAAGAAGCUGUGCCCCCAGUGCAACACCAUCACAUCCCCCGGAGACCUUCGGCGCAUCUACUUAUGAAGGACGCAGCAGGAGGGCGGCUCUCGGCUCAGCUCAGCGCACCCACGGGGAGAGGAACGACCAGGAAAAAAGGAAAGAGAAACAAACAAACAAACAAACAAAAAGACGUUUUAAAAACGUAAGGAAACAAAACCAGAGACUCCAGACAUGGACUCGAGGACGCGGGAGCAGCGAGAGCCCCGGCUCCCAGCUGCAGAGCCCCUCUGCAGCGGGCGAAGCCGACCCCAUUGUUGUGCAACCCCUUUUUUACAGCAGUGUUCCCCACCCGCGGCGGCUCGGAGCCCUCCUCCUUCAGACUGUGUUGUGACCACUCUGCCCCCAGGACGCUGGGGAAGGGACCCUUGGCAGCAAUGUUAAAUAACCUGUAACUCGUGUCCUUCGGUCGGUUUUCGUUGGGUUGGUUUUUUGAUUUGGUUCUGUUCCGUUUGGGUUUGGUUGGUUUGUUUUGUUUUUUUUUUAUUGGUUUAUUUUUUUAUUUUUGUGGUGUUCUAGUGAUUAAAAAAAAAAAGGUUUAAAGGAAAAAAAAAAAACCCCACACCCAGGCAGAAAUGAAGCACAUGUAAUAUAGAUUAUAUAUGUUUACAAUGUUGUGUAUAAAUGGGAUAGACUCAAACAUUGCAUACUAAUAAGUUUCCCUUUUGUUUUUCUUUUUUGGGUUGUAUUUUUUUU